UCUCAACUGUGUACGAAGACUAUUGGACGAAACAGUAAGCCGACCAACUACCUAUUUUGCAUGGAUUUCAGUAUCGUCGGAAGUGGCGAAUGAUACCCUACCGAGCCUUGCACCUCAAAAAUGGUGUAAUUCGUUUUGUGGUCAAACCAUCAUCGAUUGUCCCAUUCGGCUUUCCUACGUCCAUUCCCAUUAGGACUGCUCGUCGACAUCUGAGCUUACUUCCUGCUGAGCCAACUGAAACAACUAUCGCCUCUGUCAAACCAAGUGUCGAAUCCGUCCAGGCCGCUUCUACACCUUCCAUCGACCUUGCCAUCGCGUCAGUCGAAACUGAAGAAGCAGGCAUGAACUCUCAGAAAGAAGCCGAACUCCUGGCGAUUCAGCAUAUUCUCGGUCUCAAAAAUGCAACUGAUGACUCUGUCAAAAUCAAGCCCAAGGAUCUUGAGCGAUUGGAACGUCUGAAAGCUGCCGAGCCUGUCUUUGUCUGUGUUGAUCUGGAAGCUUAUGAAUUUGCUCAAGACAAGAUCACCGAAGUCGGCGUAUCUAUUCUGGACUCUCGAGAUAUCGUUGGUACUGAUGCCGGUACUGAUGGCACGGCCUGGCUUUCCAAGAUCAGGACUCGUCAUAUGAUCAUUAAAGAAUACAAGCAUCUCGUCAACAAGCGGUUUGUUCAUGGUUGUCCCGACAAGUUCAACUUUGGCAAAUCCGAGACUGUUUCGCUGAGGAAUAUUCACCAAACCUUGACCCAACUCUUCGACGACCCUUCGCCUAGAUCAAGUCGACCAUCUGAUAGCGGAUCGAGAAGGCUUAUUCUCGUUGGCCACGGGCUUUCUAACGAUACUGCGUACCUCAACAAGCUCAAGUUUGCUCCUCAUGCACGUGGCAACAUUAUCCAGGAUGUCGAUACUCAGAAAUUCGUCGGUUCCAAGAAGCAAACCGUCGGCCUGAACAAGCUGAUGUUGGGACUUGGUGUCGAAGCGGAAAAUCUCCACAAUGCAGGAAACGAUGCCGCAUACACACUGCAAGCACUUGUCUUGAUGACGGUCCAACACACGAAUGAGCCUGGUGCUUAUAUCAACGCCGUUGCGAAUGCAAAGGCCAAGCUGGAUCCAGCGAAGCAGCGUUAUAAAGAUCACAAGGCGAACAUAGCAAAAUUGAAGGAGCUGAAGCGCGCCGAGAAGAAGACAGCAGCCCUACCUGUAGUCGAGGCUUCGCGUGAUCAAAUUGCAACAGCCCCUCCGUCAGUUGAGACAAAGGCACCAAAUCCAGCCCCGAGGAUCACAAAGAUACCACUCAAUGGCUCAGUUAUCAGCAGUCUAGAUCGUUAUGGUCUAUCGAAGUCAAUGGCUGAAUCCGAUUCUGUGCCUGUCGAGACCUUGUUACAGGAGGAAGUAAAACGCGAUAACGAAUUGGAUCUUCAGGAAUGGAAUCUUAUAGCCCCGAGAAACCCUACACGACCGCCGCCUAAUCGAGAUGAGCUUCGCGCUCGUGAAAGAGCUGCCAGAAAAUUACUUCGGGAAAAUAAAGGGAACAUACCAGAUUUUAAGAGGAUCAGUCUUGAUAUUUGUAAUGGACACGCUUCUUUUCCAGCCCCUAAACCACUUAUCGGUUCAUCGGAGCCUGAAUCUUCAACCAAGAGGAAGAGUUCUGAUGCUGAGCCUGACUCAGUCGAUCACUACACAAAGCAUGCAAAAGCAAGUCUGAGUACUGAGCGGAUUAAGACAAGGUCACAAGCUGUUCGAACACCGGUUGAAGACGAUCUAUGGGUUGAAGAUGAUGACUAUUCGAUCUCCCCUGCCUUUGCGUCGGAUGCUACCAGUCGUUCGAGCGUGCCAGACUCGAAUCGAACAUCACAACCCUUUGAAGAUGCAUCAAUCAAGAUAACAAAAGCGCCUACAGCGGUGCGGUCAAAACGCGAGGAAGCAGUUCAGCAAUCCUUUACGAUUACAAAAAUACCGAUUGACAAAAUACCAACAGAAGUAGCCGCAGAAUACCACCAGGCAACCAGAGUUCGUCAUCAUGGGUGGCAGAUUCCCCUGACAACAUCACCGCCGUCUGGCAAGAACAGAAAGCUUGAUACUUCAGCAGAGAUAGCUCCAUCGAAAUUUGUGGAUGAGCUUGCGAAAUUGAAAGAUGAGACGCUACAGGACAGGACUACGGGUAGUGGAGAGAAGGGCGCAUCGAGCUUUUUGGAUCAGGAAGUUGAGGCGCAUCGGGAGAAGAGGGCAGAGGAUCAGCGCUGGGGUGGGUCUGGCUCCUCGUGAGGAUAUACUGAAAGUUGGCGUCGAGGGCCUGAUGAGCUUCGAUGAAGACCCUAAGGUGGUUCUUUGGUGUUUUGUGCGAACACUUCACACAACGUCAACGUGCUUUGUUGGUUUAGAAGUGUGUUGGAUAGCACGGUCUGUGUGUUUGGCAUUGCAUCAUUUUCACUGAUCUAAACGAGAUAGAGCAAUCUCAACCAUGAUAGGAAACAUUACACAGAUUUUCAAUAAAAUAUCUACUUAGCUUUGAUGAAGAGCUUGUAGUAUACAAGCAGAGGCU